AUCGUCUCAUCAUUUUAUCAAUCGAGCACACGCGCCUUUGAAUCACUGAUCAAAAAUCACCGAUGCAGCUCUUUGAAAAGUCAACUCAAUUGACCACGGGUCAACAAAAUGCCAAUUGAAAACAUGGACUCUCUUCCAAUAUGCAAUCUGAUACUCAUCAAUUGCAAAUGACUUACAAUGCAUUAGAAUGCAUAAAAUUAUCGCUAUUAAUGAAAUUACUCAUCAAUUGGUAGGCGUUAAAUGUCAUAUAUGACUUGCGGGUGAAAAACGUGUUAUUGGAUAUGACCUAAAGCCAAAAUGAAGUGCAAUUAACAAUGAAAGCGGUUUAUGUUUGAAAUUUUCUAAGAUGACGGCACAAUUGGUUCGGGUUUUCUCAAGAUUAAGGGAAAAAGGUAUGUGUGAUUCAAGUUGGAAAGACUUUUGCGUGACGCGUAUUUACCGUCAAUCAACGUAAACAAGAGUGAGUUAAAAAAAAAACAAUUCAAUGUCAACUAUUCCAAAUCGUAAUGGGGACUGGAAAAAAAAAUAUUGUGACUAUUCCAAGUCGGUUGAAUGUAUUUAAAAUUAGAUGAUCUUUUUCCAUUGAGUCGACGAAAUAAAAAUUGAGUCAGAGGGUAAUACGUUUGGGUUUUUUUACGUCUUUUGCAACUUUACGGCAAUAUACGUACGUCCAACAAAAUUCAAGUCGUCGACGCAGGAGCGCGUCUCGAUCAAAGUUAGUGUUAAGUAACUUAUACACACUUGAGUGUUUUAUCCGUGUAGCAAAAACGAGUAAUUACGCAUUCGGACACACAUAUGGAUGUGUGCGAGCGAUAUCGGUAGCCAAAAUGUGAACAACGAAUCGAAUUGCGUGAUCGAACACAUGUAAAAGCAGUGACGCGAAACACACGAACAUAUCAACACCCGCAGCCACUACGGCAAAGCACAAUGAGUGAAAAGUUUUUUUCACUGAAAACACACAAUAGCCAUACGCACACACAUCGCUUGAUCCCAUACAUGGAAUAUAUAGAUAGCGAUAUCGAAUAUGCCACACACAACACCAACGAAUGCGACAGAGAAGGAAUGCACAACAAAGCGAAGCAAAGCACACAGCACAGAGAGUGAGAGAGUGAGCGAGCGGUCGAAACACAAGCAUACACAAAGCACUGAAACCACUGCUCGAAACCGAAUCAAGUGUUUAUUUGCGUUUAGUCGAUGUUGUGAACACUUCAUGUAAACAACAAAAUUGUUUGUCUCUCGUCCGAACCGAUAUGUGCGCCGUUUAAAUUUGCUUCUAUUUAUCUUGCAGUCCAGCAAAACAAUAUUGUGCAAAGAUUUUAUCCAUGCCGAAAGAGUUUGUGUCUUUGAAUGAUUUUAAUCGCAUUUCUUUCUACAUUCAAAUUUUUUUUUUUUUGAUGUGAGUGCUACGUGAAGCUUUCAUUUAAUAAUUUGUGUUGUCUCAUUUGAUUCAGUUGAAUGGAUUGUGUUUGUGGACAAAUCCACGCAUUCAAUUGGACAUAAAUUCGCCAGAAAUAUGAUGAUGAAUCAGUGUGACAAGUUUUAGCCGCACGCAAUAAACUGAACGAAUAUUUUACGAAUGAGGUGCCAAACACUAUUGACACACUAGUGCAACUGUUGUGUGAUCAAACCGAAACCCGUACGUGUGCUCUUUGUGUAUUUUAUUUCUUGAACAUUACAUAAAACCGAAACGAGAAAGAAAAAAAUCGCUCAAAAACUAUUUCAGUUGAACUUGCACAUAAAAUUCAAAAUAAAAAAUUUUUGACGUGAAAAAUUCCAAAUGUGUGUGUGCACUGUGCAUUCGAUCCCACUUUGACGCAGUCAAUCAAUUGAAUUCCUGUAGUUUUACAAAAGGUUAAACUCAGCAAACAACAUUUAUUCAUAACAUUACGUAAACGUCGAUGAAUUAGUUUGCCCAAUUCCAAGGAACAAUACUUGUCAUCAGCGGCGUCGCCAGUUAAUUAAAUCGCAUCUUAAAAACAACAGAACAACAAACAAAUAAACGAGAAAGAGAGAAUUAAAUCGAGCGCAAAUAUUGCAACCGUUGUGCCGUAUAAAUCAGAACAGAAAAUCAAUCAUACAUUUUUUUUUUCUAAAGAAAUCGGAAAGCGGAGAGAACGGGGGAAACAGUAUUGUUGUUGAAUAAAUAAAGUGCAUUUAAAAUCAUCGCUGCGCAACGAAUUACUACCUUGAAAUUGACAUGCACAAAAAUUUUCCCACCGUUUUUUCUCUUCAACGUUUAAUGUCGUGGAAACUCUGAAAUUGAUGACCAUCGAACUUGAUUUGAUUGAAUUGAACGAUUUUUUAAUCGGAAAAUUGUUUUUUCACUGGAAAAAAGAAAAACAUUGGAAUCGAUUUUGGUUUAAAAAGUAGCAACGUGAGUUAAGACGUUUAAAAAAAGACAAUCUUCGAUUAAAAAUAAGUUGACAUCCGACUGGAGUGGAAAUUCGUCAAAAUAGCUCCGAAAAAUACAUUCCAAAUGCAUCUGCCAACGGGUCCAACGGCAGUUUAUCACCACUUGCCCAGUUCACCACCGCAAGCCGACUGGAAUUCCAACAUAACACAAAGCAGCAAAUCGGCCAGCGCCAUUCUGGAUUCGCAACAGCAUUCGUCGGCCUCGGGAACAACGUCACCACUGGGAUCGGCCACAUCGUCACAAGAUCUCUGGUGGACCGAACGUCUUGUACUCGAAGCUCAACAAGAAUUCCCAGGCGAAUUAGUUCGUACUGGUAGCCCAUAUAUUUUGUGCUCGGCUCUGCCAAAUCAUUGGCGUUCCAAUAAAACGCUGCCGGUUGCGUUCAAAGUGGUGGCGUUGUCUGAUGUCGGUGAUGGCACUAUAUGCACUAUACGCGCCGGAAAUGAUGACAAUUGGUGUGGAGAGCUCCGAAAUUGUACAGCAGUGAUGAAAAAUCAAGUAGCCAAAUUCAAUGAUCUUCGAUUUGUUGGCCGUAGCGGUCGAGGAAAGAGUUUCUCAGUAACAAUAACCAUAUCGACAAGCCCACCGCAAGUAGCCACAUACACCAAGGCGAUCAAAGUAACAGUGGAUGGCCCACGUGAACCACGCUCCAAAACAUGCCCGAACACCACCCAUCCGUUCCGUGCGCUCGGUAUCGGUCAACGACCAUUUUUGGACUCAUCAUUCUCCAGCCACUUACGUGAUUUGGAAUCGUUCCGAAGGAAGGCACCGGCCAUCACAUCCAUUCAAGCUUCCAACACAAAUACCGUUCACUCAACAACAAAUGGUCUCAUCAGCUCCGAUUGCCAAGGCUACAAACCCAACGCUCCACAAAUUCAAGAAAACAAUUUGAUGGGUGCGGCUGAAUGGACUGGUUAUACAAAUGCACCGACUUACACACCGUAUUCAACAAAUGCCGCACUGCCACAGCCGGCAACAACCACAGCUUCAUCGUAUGGAUAUGACUCAAAUGCUGGAAUGAUCGACCACCACUCGAAUUUCCAUAUUCCAACAGUUAUUUCCGAGAUGCAGUCUAUUUACUCUCCCGAAUAUCAUUCGUCGAACCACUUAACGCCGGUUGUGAAUUCGACAUCGUUGAUCCCAUCGUCGGGCAACAGUCCGACCAAUACAAUUUCAAACAAUUCGGGUUGCUUGACUAAAUUCAACGACAUCGAUGCCUUAAACUCGAGCUAUCCGACGUAUAACAAUUGGUCAAAUGGUUACAACAACUAUCAGUAUGCUGCUCCAACAGCUGCUGCGGCCGCAACCAUCCAAACACCUACACAAACCCAAUAUCCACCGGCGCCACAAGUUCCACAUGCCGCACCGGCCAUGCUCAUCUAUCCGCAAGUUUACUCGACGGUAAACCAAAAUCAGAUCCAUUUACAUUUGCACGGCACCGACAAGAUCGAGCAGUACUUGAACACAAAUGAGAAUGGUCUGAGCCUAAGCUCUGGCCGCAAUACAAGCGCCGAGAUUGGAUUGAGUGGCCCAACGGGAAAUCAAAAUGUGAUAAUGGAAAAUGAUGAAACCGACGGCCAUCACCACCGAAACGAACACCAAACAAGCAAUCGCGACGAAGAAGUCGGCGAUCCGAGCAGCGUUUGGCGACCGUAUUGAAUACACAACUAUUUUAGACAUAAUUUUUAAACAUUAAACUUUAGAUAAUGGAUGUAAGGUUCUUGUUGUUAGUUGAAGAAAAAAAAGCAUACAAAAAGUGUGUGUUUCAAUAUUCUGGAACGGAAGACAAAUAUGGAAAAAUCCACAUCACAAAAGCUUCUCAAUUUAUACAUUUUCUUUUCUUUCUUCAAUUAUUUUUAGCUACAAUUUACAAAAGAGAAUCACAAAAUACGCGACAUCAUACAAUUAAAACGUAAUAAAAUCUAAGGCGAACAAUGGAUUUAGAAUAAUUAUUGUGGAAUAAGGAGUGAAGACUUGCAAAGCUAUUAAAUUAUCAAUACAAUUGUUAUACGUUUAAGUUCAAUUUCAUUUAUUUUAUCGUUCAUUUCGCAUUUGCAUUUACUACAUGUAGUUAAAACUUGAAAUAUUAACUCUUUUUUUCUCUAAUUUAUGACAUUCUUGGCGAUCUUUGUAUACAUCUCUUGUUUGUAAAUACAUUUCAAAUAAAGAAAAACUUUUCUCUUUCGUGUAAUUGAA